CACAAAGUGUAGCGACGAUGCGAGGCAAGACUGCUGCGGUGUCCAGCAGCAGUGAUGGAGUGCAGUGGGGCACGACGGGGUUUGUGGCGUUUCCCCGCUCCAACGUCGUGCUGAUCGCAGACCCACGGGCCUUACAGGUUGUGCAACACUUGCACGGUCAUCGCUACCCCAUCACACAAGUCCGAUGGGAAGAACUGGCAGAGCCCCUGACACAGCGUAUGCCGCGGCUGCUCACCGGAGAUGACAGAGGCGUAGUCUACGUGUGGAACGUGGAGGAGCACGAGUCCAAGAUGUUCCCGGCCCCGUUUCUCAAAGGAAGCAAAGGAUACAGCGUCCUCGACCUCGCAUGGCUGCCCAACAAGGUGCACGAUGAGCCACCGCAGUUCCUCGUGCUGUACGCGAAUCACAUGCUCGUCGGUUUCAACACUGCCGGUCGCCAGCUCUGGACACACGACUAUUCGUCGUAUGCACCACUUCAGUUUGCCCUCAACCCGUACAACUCAUCACAGGCCGUCAUGGCCCUGCCAGACAGCUGUGUGCUGAUUGUGGACGACAUAUCGGCAUCGUCUCCGCCACGCGCAAAGCCAACAGAUCUCCACGUGCAACCGCGAGGAGACACGGGCGGGCUGCGUCAUCUGUCGUUCAACCGGCACGAGGAGCACCAGGUUGUGCUCGCAUUUGCUCAUCAGCUCGUCGUCCUCGACCUCCUCGUCCACAGGCCCGUCGCCACCGUGCACCUUGAUCGAUCAAGCAGCGCCUUCCGUUCCGUUGCCAGCUGCCCGCAUUCGCCGGUGCUGUAUUGUCUGCACGACAACCACAGCAUCAGCAUCCGCUCCCGCCUUGACCAGGCAAGCAUGACAUACUCCUUCACAGGCCAGUCUGAGGCGCUCCGGCUGAAAACAGACACGUUGCUCGGGAUCGCCGUGAACCCGCUGAACGAACGGCAGCUGUGCACCGCAACGGACGCGGGCGCCCUGCUCCUCUUCAACCCCCACACCUCGCCCGUGUCCACUGUUCCGAUCUCGCGCUCUGCUGCCAGCGCUGCGCGAUUUGGCCACAAAGUCCUCGUCCGCGCCCUCCUCUCGGCAAUGCACCAACCAACCAAAGACGAGUACACCCUGCCGGCGGAUGCGAGCGAUCAUCUCGCCCGUGAUGACGUGUAUGCAAAGACACGUGCGCUGCUUGCGCUGCUGCCGCCGUCAACACAUCGUCAGCUCACGGCUGCUCCGUCCAUCGCCCACCGCUGCCUCGCCGCCUGCCACGCGUUUGGCGACGCGUGGGCGGCCUCGUUCUGGCGCCUCGUGCUGUGCACACCGCCAUCGCACAACGCAGUGGGAAGCAGUCAGGAGCAGCAAGGUGGUGGGCUGGACCUGUUGUCCCUCGAAGAAGGAAAUGCGACCUUGCAGCAAAGCAGUGGCGUCACAACAGCGGACGCAGCGGGCAGCCAUAAUCAUGGCGAUGAAGCUGACGGUGAUGGAAAGGAUGAGACAAAGGAGCAACAACACCAGCAGGAACAGCAAGAUAACGAAGGCGAAGACGAUGAAGAGGAGGAUGUGCACGACAGCGCGGACACGGCGCGGCAGCUUCCCGUUGAGUUUGGAUCUCUUCGCUCCACGAGCCUCCGGUGCCUCGUCAUCGGUGACGAAGGAUGUGCCGUCAUCCACCCCGACCUCAGCGUUGUCGAGCGCGUGCGCGACAGAUCGCACUUGCACAAGAUUGAGGACGCUGCGUGGUUGAGUGACGACCGACUGCUCGUGUCGAUGGACAAUGGCAUGAUCCAGACCUUCACAGCCUCCCUCAAAAUUGCGGCAAUGAAUCUGAUUGCUGCCGACCGCAUCACGGAGGGCGUUGAUCUCCUCGUCACCAUCGGACACAUCCGCGACGCCUGCAAGUAUUUGCAAGCGUACGGGCGAUGGGCGGAAGCCGUAGAUCUUGCAAAGACGCGACUUAGCACCCAGGCCGCGCACGCUGUCGUGGAAGAGUAUGCGACGCACCUGUGCAGCCAUCGGCAGUUUGGCGAAGCGGCGCUGCACUUUGUGACGACGAACAACACCGAUCGAGCCGUCGAGUGUUUGCGGUCCAUGCAGCAACCGCACAUGGCUGCCCUCUUCCUCCUGCACCGCAAACACGAGCUCGACAAGACUGCUGCCGCCGCUGACGUGUCUGCGUCGUCUUCGUCCGCGCCCCAUGACCAACAACAGCAGCACCACCAGCACCACCAGCACCACCAGCAGCAGCAGGUGUCGGCACCACUGGCAACAUGCGAUCGCCUCGCUGCGGGGCCGCCGCCCAAGAGCGCCGUCUUCCUCGACUAUGCGCGCCUCCUCAACCGGUUCUCCCUCGAUCAGGAGGCAAAAUGGGUCUGCCGCCACUUCGCAAAGCUCCCCAUAUCACACCUGGAGGACGCGUAGUUGGACGGGUGUGCGAAACCAUGUGCGGAACGUUGUGCCGUUGUUGCAGCCCUCUCCCUUUCCCAUCUUCCUCUUUGUUUGUCUUUGUUGCUGGUCUCUUCCCAUCUUCUCUGCGUUACAAUCUUAUACUGGGUCAGAACACCACCACCACCACAUCACCACCACAACCCUCAACUACGGGUAGGCAUAAAAAGGAUGGCAGGAACCGUGCCGGC